AUGGAAGACUUACAUACUCAAGAGCUUAUCAAAGAAUAUUUAACUUACCAUGGCUUUUCAAGUACUUUAGAAUGUUUUAAUGCAGAGCUGAAAUCCAAAGCAAUCUCAAAGCAAACAAAAAAGCCCACUACUAGUAAAGAAAUCGGAGAAAUGCCAAGACUGUACACAAUUUCUUUGGGCGAAGAUGGAAAAGCUGCAAGAGUUUCAACUCUUGAAAAAAGAUUAGAGAACGCAGAAAAGAGCAAGGAAAAUAUUUUAAGAAACGGAAGAAAAUUAUUUGAAAUAGUUGUUGACACAAUUCAGUUACUAGAAGAGCAAAACAGUCAAGCCUAUCAAGAUAAAAUUUCAGUAUAUAAAAAGCAAUUAGCAAAAAUCCAAGAAAUCCUUGGGCUGAGAGUGUAUGAAACUGAAAGUAUUUCAAUUUUGAAUCCCAAUUAUAUACAAGAAAUGAAGACAAAAAUUUUAAAUGACCUAGAAAGAAAAAAUUACACAGAAUUAGCUGAAUUAUUAGUGACACUUCGAGCAGAGUCUUUGUCAGCUCCAAAAGAUAAAAGAUCUGAGCUUAUACGACUGCUAUCAAGUGAAGAUAUCUUUUCUGGCGUUGUGGGUUAUUUUAUAGGACUUUUUCAUCGUAUCGGACUUUUAGUUCUAGUUUUUUUUCGUUGACAUUUCCUCGGCAAAAAACCGAAUUCUAUCAAAUUUAUUAUGAGGAAAUAAAUUUGACCAAUGUCACACUACCAAAAUGUUCCGACCAAAUGACACGGAACCAUUUUCUGGGUCUCUUAGAAAUCUACUAACAAUUAGAAACCACUCUAUUAAAUCUUGUUUAUUAGCACUGGUUUCAAUAUUAUGUUCAGAAAAUCAUGGUAGAAACUAUAUUCUUUCCGGCUAUAGCUCUACAGUUAUUGCUCAAUUAAUGGCAGAAGUUAAAGAGCAAGAGUCUGGAAGUGUCACUCAAAGAUUUGCAUUGGCAGCUUUAUCAAAACUAAGCUACACAGAAGAUGAAGUUUGCAGUCAAUUAACCGAAGCUAACUUCAUUGAAUGGCUUAUAAAAUCAAUGCUUUACAAUCAAAUUGUGCGAAAAUCACCUACUCAUCCAUUUGUCCAUAUUUUUGGAAGUGCUUUACUUGCAAAUCUGCUUAAUUUUCCUGCAGGCCGUAACUAUAUCUUGCAUUAUGGAGAGCCAAACGUGAUUUUACGGUAUCUUUUAGACAUUGUUAAAGAGCCAAUGCUACCAGCUGAAGCCAUUUGUGCUCUUCUUAUAUGUGUAUCUACAGCAAUGUCUGCUUGUGAUUCUGCAGAUUACUCUAAUGUAGAAAGAGAAAUAAGAGAAUUAAUUUCAAAUUACCAAGAAAGAACUGAUGAAAAUGAAGAAAUGAAAAGCCUUGUUUUUGCUGCAUGCACAGCAUUGCUACAAAAGCAGCCAAUUGAGCCAAGAUUAGGAAGAGAGGAAGAAGAGACCUCAUCAUCUAUUGAAGUUUUUGAUUUUGAAUGCUUUACUGAUGAGAUAUUAUUGGAAACAUAA